CCCGCCCGCCCACUCAGUCUCCUCCUCGGAACCCCUCGGCGGCGCCGGAGCCGGCGGCGGGGAGGAUGCCGUCCGUGAGCCUGCCGCCCAAGGAGAACGCGCUCUUCAAGCGCAUUCUGAGGUGUUAUGAACAUAAGCAGUAUAGAAAUGGGCUGAAGUUCUGUAAACAGAUCCUUUCCAAUCCCAAGUUUGCAGAACAUGGAGAAACCUUGGCAAUGAAAGGACUGACACUGAACUGUCUAGGGAAGAAAGAGGAGGCUUAUGAACUUGUGCGCAGAGGCCUGAGGAAUGACCUGAAGAGUCAUGUCUGUUGGCACGUCUAUGGCCUUCUUCAGAGGUCAGACAAGAAGUAUGAUGAAGCUAUCAAAUGCUACAGAAAUGCACUGAAAUGGGACAAAGACAAUCUUCAAAUCCUGAGAGACCUUUCUCUGCUACAGAUUCAAAUGAGGGAUCUUGAAGGGUACAGGGAAACAAGAUACCAGUUGCUUCAGCUCCGACCCGCACAGCGAGCAUCAUGGAUCGGUUAUGCCAUCGCUUACCAUUUGCUGGAAGACUACGAAAUGGCAGCAAAAAUUUUAGAGGAAUUUAGGAAGACACAGCAGACAUCACCUGACAAAGUGGACUAUGAGUACAGUGAGCUGCUGCUCUAUCAAAACCAAGUCCUCCGGGAAGCAGGGCUUUUUAAAGAAGCCUUGGAGCAUCUUUGUACCUAUGAAAAGCAGAUCUGUGAUAAACUGGCUGUUGAAGAAACUAAAGGAGAACUCCUGCUUCAGCUUGGCAGACUUGAAGAAGCAGUUGAUGUGUACAAGGGACUGCAAGAAAGAAAUCCUGAAAACUGGGCUUAUUACAAAGGCUUAGAAAAGGCACUUAAGCCAGCUAAUAUGAUGGAGAGACUAAAGAUCUAUGAGGAGGCCUGGACUAAAUACCCAAGGGGACUAGUUCCAAGAAGAUUACCAUUAAACUUUUUGUCUGGUGAAAAGUUCAAGGAAUGUCUAGACAAGUUCUUAAGGAUGAAUUUCAGCAAAGGUUGCCCACCAGUCUUCAACACUUUGAGGUCAUUAUAUAAAGACAAAGAGAAGGUGGCAAUCAUAGAAGAGCUCGUGAUAGGUUAUGAAACCUCUCUAAGAAGCUGCAGGUUAUUUAACCCAAAUGAUGAUGGUAAAGAAGAACCUCCAACCACUUUACUCUGGGUCCAGUAUUACUUGGCUCAGCAUUAUGAUAAAAUUGGACUGCCAUCCCUGGCUCUAGAAUAUAUAAAUGCUGCUAUAGAAAGUACUCCCACUUUGAUAGAACUCUUCCUUGUGAAGGCAAAAAUCUAUAAGCAUGCUGGAAAUAUUAAAGAAGCUGCAAGGUGGAUGGAUGAAGCUCAGGCUUUGGACACAGCAGACAGAUUUAUCAACUCCAAAUGUGCAAAAUAUAUGUUGAAAGCAAACUCCAUUAAAGAAGCUGAAGAAAUGUGUUCUAAGUUUACACGGGAAGGAACCUCGGCAGUAGAGAACCUUAAUGAAAUGCAGUGCAUGUGGUUUCAGACAGAAUGUGCACAAGCCUACAAGGCAAUGAACAAAUUUGGAGAAGCACUUAAGAAAUGCCAUGAAAUUGAGAGACACUUUGUAGAAAUCACGGAUGACCAGUUCGACUUCCACACCUACUGCAUGAGGAAGAUCACCCUCAGGUCUUAUGUGGAUUUGUUAAAACUAGAAGAUGUGCUUCGACAACACCCCUUCUACUUCAAAGCAGCACACAUUGCCAUAGAAAUCUACUUGAAACUUCAUGAUAAUCCCCUAACAGAUGAGAAUAAAGAGCAUGAGGCUGACACAGCAAACAUGUCUGACAAGGAGCUAAAGAAGCUACGAAAUAAGCAGAGAAGAGCCCAGAAGAAAGCACAACUGGAGGAGGAGAAGAAAAAUGCUGAGAAGGAGAAGCAACAGAGGAAUCAGAAAAAGAAGAAGGAUGAUGAUGAUGAAGAAAUUGGAGGACCGAAAGAGGAACUGAUCCCUGAGAAACUGGCAAAGGUUGAAGCACCUUUGGAAGAAGCCAUUAAAUUUUUAACACCCUUGAAGAAUUUAGUGAAGAACAAAAUAGAGACUCAUCUUUUUGCCUUUGAGAUUUAUUUUCGAAAAGAGAAGUUCCUUCUGAUGCUUCAGUCUGUGAAGAGAGCCUUUGCCAUUGAUUCCAGUCAUCCUUGGCUCCACGAGUGCAUGAUUCAUCUCUUCAGCAGUGUAUCUGAAAGUAAGGAUCUGCCUGAUGCUGUUAGAACAGUGUUAAACCAAGAAAUGAAUCGGCUUUUUGGAGCAACUAAUCCAAAGAACUUCAAUGAAGCUUUCCUUAAAAGGAACUAUGACUCACUGCCACAUAGGUUAUCAGCUGCCAAAAUGAUGUACUACUUAGACCCUUCCAGUCAGAAAAGGGCAGUGGAACUGGCAAUGACCCUGGAUGAAUCCCUUAUUAACAGAAAUCUUCAGACUUGUAUGGAGGUAUUAGAAGCUUUAUGUGACGGUAGCCUUGGAGACUGUAAAGAAGCAUCUGAAACUUACAGAGCAAAUUGUCAUAAGCUUUUCCCUUAUGCUUUGGCUUUCAUGCCCCCUGGAUAUGAAGAGGAUAUGAAGAUCACAGUUAAUGGAGAUAGUUCUGCAGAACCUGAAGAACUGGCCAAUGAAAUAUGAACAACUUUAUUGCAAAAAAAAUGACGUUGGACCAUAUCUGGUGUAUAAUAUUUUUGUCACGCACCUGCUGAAUUGUUCUAACUUACACAAAGAACAGAAGGAAAAAAAACCCCGUUGCCUUCAAAUAGUUUUACUUUUUUUUAUCCUGCUGACAAAGUAUAUAUAUAAAAUAUCUAACAUAUUACUGGUUAUAGGUUGUUUGGUUUCUUAAAAAUUAAAAGCUGCUAAAAUUGAAAAAAAAGGAAAAAAUAAACAACCCUUUUCCUCACCUACCCAUCCAUGUUUUUAAACUAAUUUAUAUGAGACCUGGAGGUGUAUAGCCCUCAGAGCAGGUGUGUGGCAGAAAUAUUAAAUUUAAAUUUGUCUUGUGAGAUUACUGUUAUCUCAGACAGCAAAACUGCUGUUUUAGCACUGGAUUCUUUCACUGAGCACAAAGAGUUGAUGGGGCUUUAGCAUCUGACUGAUUUUGAUACGGGGGAUGAUUGUGUCCAUAGGAAGUAUGCAAUGUGAAUCAGAAUAUAGAGAGAAACCCGCAACAUACUUGUUACGUUGGGGUGCUUGGACAUACGGAUAUCAACCAGAAUUAAGAAACAUAGUGUGUUCAAUAAGCUUGUUGUGUCUCUGAAAUUCACUGUACACGAUCAGUUCGGUGUUCUUGCACCACAGUUUUUACCUGAAGGAAGGAACCAGUUACAAUGGUCUCUCUUGGAAUUAAACUCGGGGUGGGGAGGGGAGAAUCAGCAUUGCUGUUCUUGAGAUGAACUUAUUGGCAUAGGUUGGCCAAACUUUUUAAAACUGUAAUGCAAGAACCAAAUAAAAUUAUGCACUGUGAUGUGGCACCAAUUAGAAAGAUCGCAUGCAUUUUUCACGUAGAGUGAAAACAAAAUGAGAACAUACUAUGGCUUGAAGUUGCAAAGAGGAAAACUCCUGACUACCAUUUUGACUGAUCAAGAGACUAAUAGAUUAAAACCUCAGCAGGCCUUGUUCACGUUAUGCAGAAAAAAAAAAAAGUGCUGCAGUUUAGAUACCUCUGGAACUUUUCCACAGUGUCACAGGUUUGUAAUACUUGAAGCCCUACAUUUCUAAGAAUAUAUUUCUUGCUCAGUUGUUUCAGGCAAGCCCAAGACUUUGUAACUUUUAAGGGGCCCAAGAUUUUUUUUUCAAUAACAGACCAGCUUCUUAUUCCUGCAGUUACAGAUGUAAUUUCCUUUGUCAAACAUAAGGUACCAAAUAUAAUGCAAUAAAACGUUUUGAAAAACACCUGUGUGAAUAUUCCAACCGAUCUAUGUUGUACUUGGACAGUGAAUGGGUUUGCUGGAGUGCAGCUCAGGGCUGGCUCACUGUGCUGUCCACUCAUGCUAACAGUGUCGCUGCUGAUGAUGGGUGGUCAUUGAGUAUAAAGUGCAAAUGCAUUCUGUGUAAAUACUGAAUGUCUGGGAAGUCCUAUAACAAAAUGCUUUGCUACUCGGCUUCUAAGUUCCACCAGUGUUUCCAAGUCAAGCUUCAGUCUAGAAGUCUACUGUGUUAAUAAUAUAGAUAAGUACUCAAAUGUUUUCUUUUGUAGGCUCAUCAUAUAAAACAGAGUAGAAAUAAACUACAGCUUACAAAGUGAGUGCCUUCUUUGCUGCAGGAGUUCAGUUACAGAGUAUCUGUUUUGUGGAUACACAGCCUUCCUCUUCCACAUAGUGGAAUUCAGUGAUUGACAUGUACAGUUAAGAGAUCCUGGAGGACUUGCUGGGGUUUGUAGAUUCCUAAGUGUCAGAACAACAGGCUUUUCUUCAUUGUGUCUUCAUCUCCCCUUCUUUUCAUGGCUAGCCUAUCCUGGUGUAUGUUUGCAGUAUAGUUCCCAUCACGAGUGUGGGUUGCUGUAUUUGUAUAUUUACCUGCUGGGCUUUUAGGGACUGGAAUACCAACAGAGCCUUUAAGUGACUCGAGUAUUGAUGUCUUGAUCUCAGUGGUUUCUGCAGCCUGAGGUACUUGGACUGCAUGUCUUCUGCAACUCCUGGAGAUGGUUCAGUCUUGCCUACACAAGCUGUGAGAUUUUGGCCUUGCCUCUUGAGUAUUGUUGCCCAUUUCUCGGCUGCUGGAGGCAGAUGAGUGCUCACUUGUAACAGAUUGUGAAUUGCAUCAAGCAAAUGCUUUUUUUUCCAGAUACUGGGGGUUUUGGGUGCUGCCUAUAAAUGGGAUUAUUUCUUUUACUUUUUCAAUGCCUGUUUUUGGGUUGAAAUGGAUGAACUAAAAGCUGGAAGUUACUCGUUGUCUUUAAUUGUGCAAAUGGGGAAAAGGAUGCUUCAGUGGGCCUUCCAGAAGUCCUCAUCUACACAUCUAUUUUGAUUUUCCCAAAGACACUUCAUAGCCUUGCUGAAAGGCAUGCACACUGCUUCAGAGAUGGUGCUUUUGGAUUAAAGAGGGUACUCAUCCCCUUCCAGAAGACUGCAAGCCCAGGACAGAAAACUAAGCCAAGAGUUUGCCUGAAAAUGGAGGUUCUUUAACUGGCAAAGAAAUUGUUAUUCCUUCAUCUUCACAUCUGUUCUGUUAGAUGCAAGACUGACUUCUGAGGAAGAGCUUUUAGAGCUGGAAAUGAAGUUGAAAUCCAGUGCACUGAGUCUUCUUUGGUAGCACAGAGUGCUAUGUUGCAGUGGAAGCUUUCCUUUGUGUGCUGAGAUCCCAAAUUGUAAUCUCUGGUGCUGGGCUGCCAGAGCAGGGGAGCAGGGAGUGCAGUUGUGGUCAGUGACCUACAGCAUUGGCAUGACACAAUUUAGUUUGAUUCUUCAUGAUUUUCACUGGAGAAGGAAAAUGUCACCAUCAGUGGAGCCACUGGUGAUGACACACGAUAUGGGUAUCUUUCCUGGGUACAAAAAAAUUUCUGACAUUAAAUUUUGCCUAGAUAAGAGAAGAUGGUGCACACUGCAUGAAGCAGUGCCAGAGUUAUUCAUGGGCUUAAAUUGUAGGGAACUGGAAGUUGUGGUUUUCCCUGUGAUGGUGGGUUAGGUACUUGCUUCCUCCGUGUAGAGAGCAAAGCAUGCAGGCGCAUGUGUGAACAAGCAGGUAAAAUAGCCUCAAAAUUACCUAUUCUGUAAUUAAUUUCUUUGCAUAUUAAAUGCCUUAAAAUCUA